AUGGCUGCCCUCAGACCUCUGGUGAAGCCCAAGAUCCUCAAAAAGAGGACCAAGAAGUUCACGCCCCACCAAUCAGAUCGUUAUGUCAAAAUUAAGCAUAACUUGCACAAGCCCAGAGGCAUUGACAACAGGGUGCGGAGAAGAUUUAAGGGCCAGAUCUUAUUGUCCAACAUUGGUUAUGGGAGCAACAAGAAGACAAAACUCAUGCUGCCUAGUGGCUUCUGCAAGUUCCUGGUCCAAAAUGUCAAAGAGCUUGCAGUACUACUAAUGUACAACAAAUCUUACAGUUUAGAAACUGCUCACAGCAUUUCCUCCAAGAACCGCAAAGCCAUUGUGGAGAGAGCAGCCCAGCUGGUCAUCAGCGUCACUAAUACCAAUGCCAGGCUACAUAGUGAAGAAAAUGAAGAGACAGUUCAUUUAGCUCCUUGGAUAGCAAAACAAAUUAUGAGAGUCUUUCAAGAGGAACAGGAUGUAGAACCUCAAGGAGACCGAUGUGUUCGUUUUAAUCAUUUUGACACCAAUAUUGUAACAUCCCCACCCCCAAUUUUGCAUGACGCCUCUGAAGAGAAUCAGCGAUUUCAUCUAAUCUCCUGGUUUUACUAA